CUCCCUAUCUAUUCUUUUUUAUAUGUCCAUAAUACCAAAAUUGAAUAGGCAGUAACUUUAAUGCUAUAUUUAAUUGCUAAUAUUUUUUUGUAUAUAUUCUAUGGUCUUCAACCUUAGAGGUGCAGUCUGCUCAGACAAUCAAAAAACGAGAGAGAGAGAGAGAAAGUAGCAUAGUUCACUCAGUGAGAAACAUAACAAUGAGUUUUCCAACAGAGAAAGCUUAUAGUUCCAACAAAAACGAAUCAAAUUCAAUUCAAGAUGAUCAGAUCAAGCGAGCUCAACUAAAAAUGCAAUUUCACAGUACAAGAAAGGGGGAUGAUGAGACCAUUGAGUCCUAUGUGAAAAGAUUGAACUCCAUAGCAGAUUCUCUUGCAGCAAUCGAUAGUCCAAUAUCAGAUUUGGACAUGGUGUUGCAACUUUUUGUUGGUUUGCCUAGUGAAUAUGAGCCAGUCAAGAAAAUAAUAUCAUCCAAGCGGCCUCUCCCCACUUUUGAAGAGGCUUGUUCCAUGGUGUACAUGCAGGAGGGCAUAUUACUGCAGAUCAACAAAAACGAAUCAAAUUCAAUUCAAGAUGAUCAGAUCAAGCGAGCUCAACUAAAAAUGCAAUUUCACAAUACAAGAAAGGGGGAUGAUGAGACCAUUGAGUCCUAUGUGAAAAUAUUGAACUCCAUAGCAGAUUCUCUAGCAGCAAUCGAUAGUCCAAUAUCAGAUUCGGACAUGGUGUUGCAACUGCUUGCUGGUUUGCCUAGUGAAUACGAGCCCCUCAAGAAAAUAAUAUCAUCGGAGUGGCCUCUCCUCACUUUUGAAGAGGCUUGUUCCAUGGUGUACAUGCAGGAGGGCAUAUUACUGCAGAUCAACAAAAACGAAUCAAAUUCAAUUCAAGAUGAUCAGAUGAAGCGAGCUCAACUAAAAAUGCAAUUUCACAGUACAAGAAAGGGGGAUGAUGAGACCAUUGAGUCCUAUGUGAAAAUAUUGAACUAUGUUGAAGAUUCUCUAGCAGCAAUCGAUAGUCCAAUAUCAGAUAUGGACAUGGUGUUGCUACUUCUUGCUGGUUUGGUGUUGCAACUUCUUGUUGGUUUGGUGUUGCAACGUCUUGCUGGUUUGCCUAGUCAAUACGAGCCAGUCAAGAAAAUAAUAUCAUCAAAGUGGCCUCUCCCCACUUUCGAAGAGGCUUGUUCCAUGGUGAACAUGCUGAAGGGCAUAUUACUGCAGUUGCAGGAUCAUCAUGAGGAGCAAAAUAGAAGUGAUCCUCGUGUUGUUGGUGAAGAGGAGUCGUCUGCUUUUAUUACCCUAGAGAAGGUGGCUACUAUAGUGGGUAUAGCGAGUACUAUAAUGGGUGCAGCGGCUACAUUCACUACUGUAGCUGGUGCAGUUAGUGCAGUGGGUGCAUCGAGGAUGAUUGCAAUUGGUUCAAUGAGUGCAGUGGGUGCAGUGGCUGGCUGGAAAAUUUGGCAGACGCAAUGGUUCAAUGAGUGCAGUGGGUGCAGUGGCUGGCUGGAAAAUUUGGCAGACGCAAAAAAAAAGUGAUUAAUGAUAUGAAUAGAGCUCUAGUCUUAUUGUCAACAACCCUUGUUUCCUUUUUGUGUUUGUUGUUUAAGUAAAUGGAUCUGACUAAUCCUCAUCUUCAAAAGCUUGAAUUGCUACUCCUAUUUAAAGUUUGUCUUUGAGAUGUAUGAUAUACAACAUGAUGUGCAGUUGAAGUUCUAUUAUAAUAUUUUCGUUUUCCUUUUA